UGUUGUUUUUUUGCCAUUUUUACAACUUUUAUCCGCAAAUGGAGCUUUUUAACGAAAGUGAUACAUUUAAGAUGUACUUUUGCGAGAAUAGGUUAAAAACUUUUCAAGGGUGGCCAUUUGACGAAGACUGCGCCUGCACACCGGAAAACAUGGCAAAGGCUGGCUUCAUUUACACGCCUGUCGACAACAGCCCAGAUGCUGCCACGUGUUUCUUCUGCCUCAAGGAGUUGGAGGGCUGGGAGCCGGACGAUGACCCACAGAAAGAGCACAAAUCGCAUUCACCCUCGUGUCACUUCUUGGCCCUGAAGAAGAAAGUAGAGGAGCUGCCUUUGAACGAGUUCUUGAAGCUCCACCAGGCGAGGCACAAGCGCCUCAUAAGCAAAAACUGUAACGAGGCCGUCGACAAGUUUGAGGUGGCUGCAAGAUUGGUGAAAUCGGAAAUUCUCAAGAUGGAAAUGGGCAAAUAAGACAUUGGGUGUGUAUGUAAAUAUGUACAGCAUUUGUUUUGUCUUAGCUAUACUUUGCCGUUUUUUAUUCGUAAAUUGUGGGCGGUAUUUUUUAUUUUACUUAUACAUUGUACCUUUCAGUUUAAGGUUUACUUAGUGCGGUCUCAGUGCAUGUUUUUUUUACCAUAUUUGAUUACCCAUAUAAGUUUUCAUGUAGGGACGGCGUGGUGC